AUGCUGGCCUUGAGGCUGCUCAACGUGGUGGCCCCCGCCUACUUUCUUUGCAUUUCCCUGGUGACCUUCGUGCUGCAGCUCUUCCUCUUCCUGCCCAGCAUGCGUGAGGACCCCACAGCUACCCCACUCUUCUCGCCUGCAGUGCUUCACGGGGCGCUCUUCCUGUUCCUCUCAGCCAAUGCCCUGGGCAAUUACAUCCUGGUCAUCCAGAACUCCCCAGAUGACCUGGGUGCCUGCCAGGGAACCUCGUCCCAGAGACCUCAGUGCCCACCACCCAGCGCCCACUUCUGCCGAGUGUGCUCCCGAGUCACGCUGAGGCACGACCAUCACUGUUUCUUCACCGGCAACUGCAUCGGCAGCAGGAACAUGCGCAACUUCAUCCUGUUCUGCCUCUACACCUCACUGGCCUGCCUCUACUCCAUGGUGGCUGGAGUGGCCUACAUCUCAGCUGUCCUAUCCAUCUCCUUCGCUCACCCCCUGGCCUUCCUCACGCUCCUGCCCACUUCAAUCAGCCAGUUCUUCGCCGGAGCUGUCCUCGGUUCUGACAUGUUCGUCAUCCUCAUGCUCUACCUCUGGUUUGCUGUCGGCCUGGCCUGCGCUGGUUUCUGCUGCCACCAACUGCUGUUGAUCCUCCGGGGGCAAACCCGCUACCAGGUUCGAAAGGGUGUGGCCGUGAGAGCCCGGCCCUGGCGCAAGAACUUACAGGACGUCUUCGGAAAGAGGUGGCUACUUGGCUUGCUGGUCCCCAUGUUCAAUGUCGGCACUGAGAGCUCGAAACAGCAGGACAAAUAA